AUGGCUGGACAACGCAGCCUUCGCCGUGACCACUACACAGCGGGCUGGCUCGCAGCUGCCCAAGAGAUGCUCGACGAGAAACAUGAUGCCUCUAUCUGCGACGCCGGUGAUCCCAGUCUAUAUACCCUCAGAUGCAUCGGUGGACAUAAUGUUGUUAUCGCUUGUCUCCCCGAAGCCCAAACAGGAACAAAUUCGACGGCUGCAGUAGCGGUCCGGAUGAAGUUAGCCUUUAAGUGCCUAGAACUAUCCACCUUCGCACUAUCAACCAAUGAAAGCUUUUAG